AUUGUUGGUCGGCGAGCUUCUAAAUCCCUUGAUUCGCUGUCUACCCGCACGUUCUUCGCGAACUCUAUAAACAAGUGGCUAACUCAAUUGGGUAAAUCACUAUGAUUGCUCUACGUCUCAUCGCCGACCUCUCUACAUGUCAGGGAUCUCGCUUAAAUAACAGCCAUCAUACCAAGAUGCGCUCUUUGACUCGUUCCUUCCAUCAUCCUUUAAUGCGGUGAUUCUGUUCUUUCAAUUCUUUCCCACAACAUCCCUUCCACAUCCACUUUAUCAACUGCAAUAUCACAUUUUCGUGCCUACAAGGAUGACCACCACCGACGUCGAGAAGGGUACUUCUCACGGGCUCACAAACAAUACGGUUCACAGCUUUGCGUGGCAAGACAUCACCGUCACUGUCAAAGAUCGCGAAACAAAGAAGCCAAAAGUAACCGUCGACAAAGCUCAUGGCAUAGUCCAAGCAGGCGAGCUCCUCGCUGUGAUGGGCCCGAGUGGUUGUGGGAAAACAACACUUCUCAACGUCCUGGCCCGUCGCACUGAGCUUCUCCAGGCAGACAUCUGCGGCUGUACAUACAUUGACGGCGAGGAAAUCUCUCUGCAAGAGUUUCGAAUCAUCAGCAGCUAUGUCGAGCAGGAAGAUGUGCUGAUUGGCUCACUUACUGUCAAAGAGACUCUCAAUUUCGCUGCAAGACUUGCGCUACCAAAAAACGUUGGGAAGGCAGAACGCCUCCAACGAAUUGAACAUCUUCUCCGAUCCUUCGGCCUAUCUGCUCAAUCUGGUAACUUGAUUGGAACGCCAAUACGGAAAGGCAUCAGUGGAGGACAAAAACGUCGUGUUAGCGUUGCAUCCCAAUUGAUCACAAGCCCAAAGAUCCUGUUCCUCGAUGAGCCUACGUCUGGUUUAGAUUCUGCGGCCAGCUUUGAAGUCAUCAACUUCGUCCGAGACCUUGCAAGAAAACACAAGAUCAUCGUCAUCGCAAGCAUCCAUCAACCGUCGACGAAGACGUUCACCUUAUUCGAUCAACUGCUUUUACUCUCCAGAGGCAAAGAGAUCUAUAAUGGCCCUGUCACAGCUGUCACGCAGUAUUUCGUAAACCUUGGCCAUGCCGUACCUCUUCACACAAACCCUGCCGAAUUCCUCCUCGAUCUGGUCAACACUGAUUUCGAAGCCCACGACCAGUCCUUGGAAAGAGAACUCGCAUGUCUACAGAAUCAUUGGGACAUGUCACCUGAGUCGGAGAGUAUUACGCGAGAGAUACGCAGAAUUGUAUCGCCCAAUAAGAUUUCCAACCAGAAGCAACGUCAUGCUUCUGCCGGUACUGCCACCAUACUCCUCGCUCUCAUGCACCGCGCCUUCAUAAAAAGCUACCGCGAUGUCAUCGCUUAUGGCAUUCGCGUUGCAAUGUACAUGGGCCUUGCCAUAAUGAUGGGCACAGUCUGGCUUCGGCUCGGAACAGACCAAGAGAAUAUCCAAUCCUUCAUCAACGCAAUAUUCUUCGGCGGAGCUUUCAUGUCUUUCAUGGCCGUUGCCUAUAUUCCCGCAUUUCUUGAAGACCGCUCCAUAUACGUCAAGGAACGAGCAAACGGGCUCUACGGACCGACAGCGUUCAUCAUCUCGAACUUUGUGAUAGGUAUACCAUACCUGUUUAUAAUCACAAUUCUUUUCUCUGUCGUCUCGUAUUGGCUAUCGAACUUUAGACCUACCCCUGGAGCAUUCUUUACCUGGACUCUAUAUCUCUUCCUCGACUUAGUCGCCGCCGAGUCACUGGUCGUAUUUAUAUCCAGCGUCAAGCCUAUCUUCGUCGUUUCACUCGCGGCCACGGCCUUCGCGAACGGGCUGUGGAUGAGUGUUGGUGGCUUUCUCGUCCCUCUAACAAGACUCAACGUCUUCUGGCGUUACGUGUUCUCGUAUAUCGAUUACCAGCGUUGGGUGUUUGAAGGCAUGAUGGUCAACGAGUUCGCCACGCGCACAUACAGCUGUAUGUCUACGUCAACGGGGUGCAAUUGCCUGUACCAAACAGACCUUGCAGAUCAAUGUCUCAUCGAUGGCAAUGCCGUCCUGAAAAGAUACGGUUAUGCAACUGGAGAGCUUGGAAAGAGGGUUGGAAUCAUUCUUGGGAUUACAGCUGGGUAUCGUCUGCUCGGUUGGUUUGCACUGUAUAUCAGGCGCAAGUAGUUCUGGAAACGAGAGGUGCGAUGUAACAUGACUACAAAGAGUUUGGCCUCGUCGUAGAUAGGUAAGCGCCAGAAAGUUCUGUAUGGUCUGUUCAUUCAUCUACAACUGGGACUCAUCAUGUCCGAUGUUCCAAGGCUUAGUAUUGGAGAGUAUUAGAAACGGACUUACCUGUUUGAUGAUGUACGGCUUCUAGCUAGAAUCAUUAUUGAGCCUCCGAGGCUUCAAGAUAUGGUCGUC